AUCCGCAAUUGGCAAUGGUUGAGGCCGUGUGUAUCACGUGGUUCACUCUAGAGUACAUACUUAGGUUUAGCGCCUCGCCGGACAAGUGGAAGUUCUUUAAGGGCGGCCUUAACAUAAUCGAUCUAUUGGCAAUACUCCCAUACUUUGUCUCGUUAUUUCUAUUGGAAACGAAUAAGAAUGCAACGGACCAGUUCCAGGAUGUGCGUCGGGUGGUGCAGGUCUUUCGCAUCAUGCGCAUCCUGCGAAUCCUUAAGCUGGCCCGUCACUCAACGGGCCUGCAGUCGCUAGGCUUUACGCUGCGUAACUCAUAUAAGGAACUCGGUCUACUAAUGCUGUUCCUGGCCAUGGGCGUUCUCAUAUUUUCUUCGCUGGCAUAUUUUGCCGAAAAGGAUGAAAAGGAUACAAAAUUCGUUUCAAUACCGGAAACAUUUUGGUGGGCGGGUAUUACAAUGACAACUGUUGGCUACGGGGACAUCUAUCCCACAACUGCACUGGGAAAGGUUAUUGGUACUGUGUGUUGCAUAUGCGGUGUUCUGGUAAUCGCUUUGCCUAUUCCCAUCAUCGUUAACAAUUUUGCUGAAUUUUAUAAGAAUCAGAUGCGACGCGAAAAGGCCCUCAAGCGGCGCGAGGCUCUCGAUCGUGCCAAACGCGAGGGCAGCAUUGUCUCCUUCCAUCAUAUCAAUCUGAAAGACGCCUUCGCCAAGUCCAUGGAUCUCAUCGAUGUGAUUGUCGACACAGAAAAGCGCGAGAGUCACACACGAUCACUCAAAAAUUGGCACCGUUUAACCCACGCGCUCCGCCGAUCGCCCACAGGCCACAAUCUUUCGCAAACGGACGGGAACAGCACCGAGGGCGAGUCUACCAGCGGACGGAAUCCGGCGACCACCGGAACCGGAUGCUACAAGAAUUACGACCACGUAGCCAACUUGCGCAACUCCAACCUGCAUCACCGUCGCGGUUCCAGCUCCGAACAGGAUGCUGUGCCGCCGUACAGCUUCGACAAUCCCAACGCCCGCCAGACCUCGAUGAUGGCCAUGGAGUCCUAUCGAAGGGAGCAGCAAGCCUUGCUGCAGCAGCAGCAGCAGCAGCAGCAACAACAGCAACAACAGCAGCAGCAACAGAUGCUGCAAAUGCAACAGAUGCCACAGAAGCCGAGCAAUGGAACCGGAACCGGAAGCGGAGUGGCCAACAACCUGGCCAUGGUGGCGGCCUCGAGUGCGGCUACCGCUGUGGCCACCGCCAGUGGCAGCAACUCCGCAGCUCCAGGAGCUGGAGCAGAGGGUGGUGUCGAAGGCGAAGGGGAUGAGGACAACCUGUCACAGGCAAAGGGCCUGCCCAUCCAGAUGAUGAUUACGCCCGGGAUUUUACGGGGACGCAGUAAGGAGGAAGUGGCCGAGCUGCGUCGCCAGGUCGCCCUGGAGAACCUCCAGAAUCAGAGAAUGGACAACCUGGAGCAGGAUGUGCCCGUGGAAUUCGAAUGCUGCUUCUGCACGACCAAGGACUUCAAGGAGUACACCGAUGCGGAGGGCGUCAUCUCGCUUCCAACUUCCGACUUCCACAAGCCGAUCUGUCUCGAGAUGCGACUGGCGGCGGCGAAUCGGCAGGCGGGCGCCUUCGGCCUCCUGGCUCCGCCUCCGUCAGGUCCAGCUGCCGCUUUCCAAGGACCUCUACUGGCACUGCCACCCCCUCCGCCGCCACCACCACCCGCAGCCCUGCUGCCCGCCAUCUCGCAGUCGUCGUCCACGUCGUCGUCGUAUGGAACCACAACUUCCACCACCAUUGCCCUGCCCCUCGACGCCGCAUCCAUGAGAUACGGAGCCUCCAUCUGCAGUUCGUCCAACUUCAAUCACAACUUCAACAACAACUUCAACACCACCACGGUGGGUGGAGGUAACGGGGCGAUGCUCCUCUUCGGGGGCAAUUUCGGAGGCAACUUCGGUGGCAACUACGGCGGCAACUACGGCAACAACGGGAACAACAACAACAACGCCGAUCUGGCCAGUGUUGACAGCUCGGACACAUAUGCGAGUUGCCAGACUCAUCCGUUCCUCUCCCAGGGCGACCUAACGGCGGACUUUAACGACGAAGCCUGCGCCCUGGACAUCGACAUGGACAACCUGUACAUAAAUCCGCUGGAGCGGGAGCACCAGCACCACCACCAGGCCAUCAGCAGCUCCACAGGAUUCAUUGUGGGCCUGCCUAGCACCCAGUCGGCGACGGGCGGAAUACGGACGCAGGUGAAGAAGAGCGCCUCCGGGGACACGGCGCUCCGGAACUUGGCCGCCGGCGGUGGUGGUGCCACCUCACCACUGGACGAUGUCUACCAAAGCUUCGAUGUCCAGGAGCGGGGCAGUCGGGUCAGCCUGAACGAGAACUCAGUGCCAAAGCACCGCAAGACGCGGUUCCAGCAGAGCUUCACCCAGGUCCUCCGGCCGAGUGUCGGGAUGCGACCACGUGCCCGUUUCGAGGACACCAAGCUGGACGACGAGGCCCUGGGCCGUCUGGAAGCUGUAGCCUCGGGAAGUCCAGCCGCGUCUGGAUCCUCUUCCGGAUCCGGACUGAAGAAGAAGCGCUCGGUUUUCAUGCCGGGCAAAAGCUUAGCCACUGCCACCAAACUGAUCAACCAGCAUUUGUUUGGCAUUCAGAACGUGGGCGCCAAAGCCAAGUUCGAGAGCAAGCAUUCCUCAUCGAUAGACUCGAUUGAUGCCUCGCCCAAUCUGGAGCAUCACCGGCGCUCCAAGUCGAUCCUGAAAAACAAGUCUGAUGUCUCGCGCGUCCUGUCCGAUCCGGAGAGCGAACGCCUCCUGGCGGACAACAUGUCCGGCUCCGGCGUCUCCGACAAUGGCACCGUAAUGGGCGAAUCCGGCAGCGAUUACUCACCGAAUAAAUUACCUCAUUCAGUUUUAGCUAAGUCUAUAUCCCCACCACCCCUCAGGCACCGCACUCUAAUGCACCAGCGCUCAGGACCAGCGACCUUGCAAUCGAAGCCCACAAAGUUCCAGACACCGCGCUAUCCCGAGGAGCAGGCUCUGCGCCAAGUGAAGCCUCUGCUCUCCCGAGGAGCUCCGACUCCAUCCACGUCCGCCUCUGCAUCCGCAUCUGCGGAUGGUGGGCAACCGACAAGGGACAGUAGUCUGGACUCGGAGACGACCUUCACAUCGCCAGUGAGCAGUCGACCCGUCGAAGAUCCUUCCGCAGGGGCUGGCCAAGGAACCCAGGACGAUGCCCAGGACGAGGAGGUCGAGGCCGAGGAAAACGACGAGCAGAGGGCCCUGUUGCAGAAGGGCGACGGAAAGGACAAGGACGGGGGGGAUGGGAAGGGAAGGGAUAGUGCCGGGACCGAGGCCACGUAGCAAUAAGGACACACACAUACACACAGACACUCAGAGUCUCACACACAGAGCGCCAAGUAGUUAAAAUAUAUAUGUAAAGAUAUAUAGAGACCUAUUCCAAGGAAAUCCACACAAAAACACAAACAAACAAAAGGGAAAACUCAAAGUGAUAGCAAAGUUAGCAAACAUGGAAUGUGAAUUAUAUAAAAGCAAUGAACAGUAUCCUAGUCUAGGGCAGAAAGGAUAGGAUGUGAAGGAUCCUCGUGGCGGAGAAUGCAAUCUGCAUAUUUUUACUAAAAAAAAAGAAAGUGCAACCCAAGUGCAGCCGCGCAAGUCGUACAAAAUAAUGAAAGACGGAAAACAUGAGAGUCGAGAACCGAAAAUCAGAGCCAGCGUAUAAUAUUAUUAUUAUAAUACUAUGAAAUCUCAAAUCUAUAUGUAUAUGCUAAAUUGGCGAAAUGUGUAAAUAGCAGAGCCCUAUCCACUCUUGUACAGAGCAACCUUUAUUUACAGCCUUCAGAACACAGCUAACUCAAAAAAUAUAUAGACGAAACGAAAUCACCAGAAAAGCCUAAAUAGCAACAAAGAAAUAUUCAUAUUUUGAAUGCCACUUAUAAAUAUAUACAUACAAUAUAUAUAGAGUAUACACGCAUCGCAAUUGCAACUCGCAUAUUUACACAUUAUAUAUACAAUCUAUAUGGGUCGCAUACGGAAUAUAUAUAGCUCGAACUAUUUUUCAAAAACACGCGCUGAGAACACCGCCACACCCACAGAUCGGAUAGAUAUAUAGUCGAGGAAAGGGACAUAUAACAUAUACAUAUAGCCAUGCAUAUAUCUGUAUGUAAAAUCGCUCGUUCGCGAAUCGUUAACAAAAAAAAAAAAACAAGAAAAACCAAAAAUUCAUAAUGUCAAAAAGUAGUUGAAAAUCGUUGGAUUGAACCAGUUCGUUUCUAUAUCUAUAAGUAUAUGUAUGUGCGUGUGAGUAGGACCUAGGGCUUACCGAUAGAGCUUGGCUUGGCUUAUCCUCCCCCACCCCCACCUGAUUUAAUGGCUAGAUAUAUAGAGAUACGGAUGGUGAGUUUCAGGCUAUAGAAAUGUUAGGGAGUAAAUGCAAAAGUAGGUGUUGUUAUUUAUUAUGUAUCCAGUACAAGGUGUUUCACAACUUUUCAUUCAAUUUCUUUCCAUGAUUUUCGAAGUUUAUAGAUACUUUUCAGAUUUUUGUACUGGAACAAAUACUGUUUGUUAGCUACUGAGCGUGUAUGUGUGAAAGUUAGUUAGUUGAGUUAGUUAGUUAGUUGAUUCGAUGCUUAGUUCCCUAGUUUAGUUCCCCGUUUUCCGAAUACGUAAGCAAUAAAAUUGAAAGCAGAGCGGUUUUUAGUCAAUUAUUGCAACCCAAAGUUGUUUCUCCACAUUCCAUUCUCUCAGUGUAUGCGUAGGUGUCCUGCCAGCCUAUGUUCGGUUAAUCCUGUUCAGUUGCCAUUGCCAUUGCCGUUGCCAGGAUGUGAGCUUAGCCUCUUAGAAACAUAUCAGCAAAGGUAAUUCAAACAAACACUCACUCGACACCAGGAAGACUCACACAGACACACCAACACAUGCACUGUAAAGAACACACACCGACAAACCCUCACCCACACACACACACACACUAAUUUUAUUACGAGACUUUAGUAAAGUGUCUCAUCGUCCGCUUUUCAAAUCGAUAAGAACACAAACAUUAUAUAAAAAAGAAAAGGGUAAACAAAAAACAAAAAACAAAAAGCAAAAACAUUACUCGAUAACUAAUGUUAAAGCCAAGAACUCAAAGUAAUAUAGUUAAACAAUUUUUAGAAAUAUGUGUACGUAUUAACAAAUGCUUGAUGCAUCCAAACAUUUUGUAAGCAAUUCAUUUAGGAUUAUCUACACAAGAUUUUUGGUGAGCACACAGGCCACAUUCCGCCACUCCAUAAUUUUAAUUGUAACUUUUGUAAAUAUUGAUUUCAUAUACAGACUCUCGUAUAUACAUAUAUUGUGAACAAAGUCCGGCUAAGAGUGUCCUUCAGUUCUAUUAUUUUUCGAAUUUAUUUACGCCAGCUGCAAACGAAUUGAACUCGAAACUAAAAGCUAAUGAUUAAAAACUAAAAACUAACGACAGAUUUAUGUAAAACACACACGAAAAACAAACGCAAAUGUUAUUAAUAUUUAAAUUAUUUACCUAAAGAUAAACAAAAACAAACAUUUUAAUGUAGUCUGACGGCGACGACGAUUGUAAAUCAGAAAAUUUGAAUACCGGAAAUCGUUGAGAGCAUACAAAUUUAUUAAAGCGUAUUUAAAUCUAUAUGAGCGAAAGGUCAUGAAAAUAUAAAAUCAUUGAGUAAUA